GAAAAACACUUCUCAAAAUAAGCUUAUUUUAGUGCGAAACUUGUUAUAAAUAGGAGUACGAAUUUCGGGAAAACAAUCCACUUAACAACGGUAAUAUUUUCGAAUUCAAACUUAUAUUUGAAUGGUAAUUUCGUAAUCACAGAAACCAGCCACAACGAAAGCUCUAAGCAUCAUCAACAACUCAAAAGAUGGAUUACGAACAACAACAGUACGAUAAUGUACUAGCAGACGGCGACAGUGAGUACGACGAUUCCGAUGAUUCACAAGAGGACCCAACUUUUGACGUUCUUGAGGAGACAAGAUCCAGUCUUUCAAAACUCUCUAUCAAUAAACACAAAUACAAGGAUAUGUCUGCUAGGCGUAAUGUUUCUAAGGCUAUGGACGAAUGCAUUGAGGGAGAGCAGGACGUGGAAAAGAUGGUGCCGGAGCUUGAUGAAAAAGAUCAGAAAAGUUAUGAAACUGUUCAGAAAAUAAUCAAAGCUGGUCAGAUUGAGAAAUUGAAAGUGGAGCAAUGUAAGGUUUACCUUAGGAAACAUGGGCUGAGAUUGACGGGGAGCAAAGAUGUACUAAUUCAGCGCAUUAAAGAGCAUACUGAUAUCGUUGAUGGUCAUGGCGAGGAGAAGUAUCCCCCGUCUAGUUUUAUAUUGAACUGCAAAGGGGAUGCAUGCACUGGGGAUGUUGUUAUGUUUGAACAAAAUGUAUAUGAAAUGUUCAGCAUUGCAUCCAGGAGUGCUACUGGUCCUCCCUGUGGUACAAGGAUAGUUGCAGGGCGGAUUGUGAAAGAGAGCUAUGGUGCGAAAAAGCAGCAACAUACCUUUACGGUUGAGGUAUUGUGGAGUAAAGGGGAGAAACCGCUGCCUCCACUGCAUCCUCUCCUCAUUAAGGGCAGAAACCUCUAUAGAUUGAAAACAUUGCGACAGAAAUGGGACAAUGAAGCAGAAAGGCAGAAAAUUUUAUCAGAAAAGCACACCAGAGGUUCUGUUGCUCGGUCUAACAGGGAAGCACGUGUCCAAGAAAAGGAAAUGCGAAAGAUGCGAACGGAAAAUAGGGUAAACACGGAUUACAAGGAGAAAAAAACAGAAGCUGGGAAUAAAGGUAGGAUGCCACAUCAUACCUUAAGCACAGAACACCAAAACAACAGAGUACACAGUAAAGGGAAACCAAUGCAUUCUCUCCCAACGAACUCAGUCAAAACGACAGAUCAGCCUCAGGUAGAGGUGGACAAGGGACAAAAAGAUGAAAAGGAAUACAGAAAUGUCAUACAGGAAAAUGUCUUCUCUAGAAAAAAUUGGCCAGAAGAAAGGCCUCAUCAGAGGCAGCCUUUGACUAAUGUGAACCUGAACACUAAUGGCUUCGGAAAUGGCGUCAAUUCCAAUCCUUCAAAGAGUCCAUUAAGAAUGCCUUACUCCAGUACGCAUAUGCCAAUGUGGAGAAGCUCUAACAAUGGAGGUUAUGUGAACAGCAAUAACAGUCCAUUAAGAAUGCACAACUCUAAUGCGCAUGUUCCAAUGUGGAGGGGCUAUCAUGAUGGGGGUUACAACAACUGCAAUACUAGUAGAAGUCCAUUGCGAGGACAUGGUCAUACCUAUACCAAUAGUCAUUCACAAAAUAUGAACUAUAGAUCUCCACAGAGAACUGAGCACUGGCAAGCAAGGAAUGGUUGGUGUAACGCUGGAGCAGUGGAGCGUCCAUUUCAAGGACAGCACGAGGAACAAAAGAGGCCUUGCCGCUUUUAUGCUCAAGGAAGAUGCUACUAUGGUCAUAGUUGCAGGUACUUGCAUGAUUCUGUAGAUACUUAAACAUUCAAGUGAAAGAGCAGCGAGUAAGCUUUGUGAGAUCUUCACAGAGCCACUAUUUUGGGUGACAAGACUUUUGUCUCAGGGAUAGAACCAUUCAUUGUUCACAAAAAGAUUGAAGAACAAAUUGUUCUGAUUUUGUUAAACAUUUUCUUCUAUUUGCGCAAUGUGCAAAACGAAGUCUCAAGCUUGAAUAGAAAAGGUGUGGUAAGUUGAUGACCACUAUGAUUGUCUGAAUUCUAAAUUUGUCAUGACAUAAAUUUUUAUUAAUUU